ACCUCAUCCUCACCUGAAGCUAGCUAGCUAGUUUUCAACAACUUAUAUUUCCCAUCUCACUUGCUGUUGUCUCACAUAUCUGCAUUCUGAUAUAUAUAUAUAGAGAGAGAGAGAGAGCGGAUGGAGCCCAAAUACUUUCUUCAUGAACAUCCACUGCACUUCUUUGAAGAGUGGAGCUAUAAUGUCCACGGUGAGACUAGAGGUGUAAAUUGCUCAUCAGGGUGUGGGCAGCCAAUCUCAGCUCAGUUCUAUGCAUGCAUCGACUGUGAGUUUUUUCUUCAUAAAUCAUGUUCUGAGCUACAAUUGAACAUCACUCACCCUUUUCAUGAUAAUCAUCCUCUCACUCUUUUAGCCAGAGCACCAUACUGGUCUUUUUGUUGUUUUUGUGGUCGCAGCCUCAAAGGAUUUGUUUACCACUGUUCAUCUUGUAAAUUUGACCUUGACAUCAAAUGUGCCUUGCUCCCAGAAUUCCUUAAUGGAGAUUUUCCAAAAGUUGAUCAUCACAUUCAUGUUGAACACCCACUCUCCUUCAUCGAAAAUCUUAGCCACCGUGGAGUUGAACUAGCUUCUUCCCGCUAUUGCAGUGUUUGCUUAGAGCAGUUAUCGAAUGCUUCCUUUUACACUUGUGUUGUUUGUAAUCUCUUCCUUCAUAAAUCAUGUUCUGAGACUGAGCUACCAUUGAACAUCGAUCACCCCUUCCAUGAGAAACACACUCUUACUCUUACCCUUCUUAAAUGGGUUGGCGAAUUUGUAUUUUGUCAAUUUUGUGAUUAUAAUAUUCGUUAUCCUGUAGGAUUGUUUUACCAUUGUUCUUCUUGUCGUUUCAACCUUCACAUGAGAUGUGCCUUUCUCCCACAAUUCGUCACUGAAAAUUUCCCAAAACGUGAUCAUCAUUUUAGUCAUGUUGAUGAACACCCACUCUUCUUCAUCCAAAAGGACCUUAUUAGCAGCAAUAAAGUUGAACGACUAUAUUCUUAUUGCUUUGUUUGCUCAGAAUCAUUAUUAGGAAAUUCUUUUUACUAUUGCCCAGAAUGUCAAUUUUUCCUUCAUAAAUCAUGUGCAUUAGAAGAGCUACCUUUGGAAAUUAAUCACUCUCUCCAUGAUAAACAUGCUCUCACUCUCAUAAAAAGCAGAAGCCCCGGAUGGUGGAAUAGACCAGCAUGUAAAUUUUGUCAUUAUUUUAUCAAUGCAUAUAGUUACAGCUGUUCUUCUUGUGAGUUCCAGCUUCAUCCCCGAUGUGCUUUGCUCAUCCCCAAAGAUCUCCCAAAACAUGAUCAUCAUUUUAGCCAUGUUGAACACCCACUUGUCUUUGUCCAAAUGCUUAGCAACGAAGUUAAAAUAAAUUCUUCCUGCUCUGUUUGCCCAAAACCAUUACUAGGCACUUCUUUCUACGAUUGUAUUGAUUGUGGAUUUUGCCUUCACGAAGAAUGUGAGGCAGAGUUACGGCCUCAGAUUGAGCAUGUUGCCCACCCUCAACACCCUCUUACUCUUGUAUUUUCGGCAAAGAAUACCUGCAACUUUUGCCAAGAUCUCAUUGGCCGAGCUCAAAGUGAUGUGAAGAAAUUUGGAUAUGAAUGCCUCCCUUGUGACUUUUAUAUUCAUCGUGAGUGUACCUUACCCAAGUUCUUCCAAAAAAGUAAGAUCCAUGACCACCAGUUGAGCCCAUUCAUAAGGAAAAAUUCCUUCAAAUGCGAUGCAUGUGGGGCGGAAGGAGAUGGUGCUCGCUAUGUUUGUUCCACGUGCAGCAUCAUGAUCCAUAAGGAUUGUAUUUUCCUGCCAAAAUUCAUCAAAUUCAAACUGCACAAUCAUCAUAUACUUCGCCACAAGUACAGUCUUCCACAAAAAGAGGUUGAAAAAUGGACCUGUAAAUUUUGUUUCAAAAAGGUGUUGGCAGAGUAUGGGAGUUACAAAUGUUCGCACUCAGACUGUAAUUAUGUUCUUCAUGGAAGUUGCGUAAAAAGGGAUGAAGGUCGUCUUUAUAUCGAAGUUGAGUCAGAAAAUGAGGAAAGUGAUGAGGCUUCUUCUUCUUCUUCUUCAAGUUGUGAUGAGGCUUCUUCUUCUUCAAGUAGUGACAAGAUAGAUCAUUUCAGCCACUGGCAUGAAUUAGUGCUUGAUAAUGAGGAGAUUAUUGCAAAUGGUGAUAAAAAAUGUUGCAAUGGGUGUGCAUUACCGAUCUUGGAGGCCGCUUAUAGUUGUCCACAACCAGAGUGUAAUUUAUCCCUUUGCAAGGCAUGUGCCCAAAUUGGAGAGGACAAACCACAUUGGGCUUCCCGAGGUCCUGUUCGAGUUACCAUGGAGUCCCAUUUUGAGUGUCGAUUUUGUGAGUAUGUACGCAGCGGUUUUCGUUCCAUCUGGAGAGGAGUUGAUGGUAAAGAGAGGGAAAUUUGCCACAGAUGUAGUGAGAUCGAUUUCACCACUCAGCAUGAAGCACAUGCUCAGCACUUCCUCUUCUGUGAUGAAAAUCACAAGGGACCAUGUAGUGGCUGCGGUAAGGAAAUGGAUAAAUAUGGUGGUUACAAAUGCACGCUAGCAGAGGAAGAGAAGAAUUGCAAAUCUUUUGCCUUGGACUACAGAUGCCUGACACGGCCCCUUACAGCUAAACAUAGGUUCCACCAUCACCCUCUAAAACUCACUUAUGAAGAUCCUUACAAGGAUGAUGAUGGUGAUCCAUUUCAACACAUGUGUGAAAUCUGUGAAGAUAGAAGAGAUCCAAAGCUCUGGUUUUAUCGGUGUGAUGAGUGCGAUUUUGAUGCUCAUCCCGAUUGCGUUCUUGGAAAAUACCCAUUCAUCAAGCGCGGUAGCAUCUAUGAUUUUGACGAUUAUAAUAGUAGAUGUGAUUCUCAUAAACGACUUCUCAUAUAUUUCCAGAGUGAGAAAUAUCCCUAUCUGAAGUGUAGUUACUGUGGUCGUCCUUGCAAAGAUCUAAGUAUUAAAUGCGCUCACUCUGAAUGCAACUUUGCUCUACAUUUUAAGUGUGGCAAUGAAAGUCUCAGUGAGAGGCCGUGGCAGUGGCGACGGCCGGCAACAGUGUGCGUCGCAAAGAUACGUGAACCCCAGACCAAAUUGGUAAUUCUCCAUUCCAUGUUUUUGAUAGCUUGAUUUCAAUCUUUCUUUUCUACGUCAUAAAUUGUUUUCCCAAAA